AGACGUCACGGUAGAGCACGUCGGUCCGUUACCGGAAGCCGGAAGUCGUCUUGGUUGUUUUUUCAAGAAGAAGAUGUCGGAGUACGAGUCUAUCCAGAAAGGACCCUUGAAGUUAAAAGGUGUCGGAGAUCUCAGUUUAGGAAAGAAGAAGAAAAAGAAAGACAAGGAUAAAACAAAGAUGGUGCAACAGAUUACGACAAAUAAGAAGACCGAAGAGGAGAAGAAGAAACCAGCUUUGGACAAAAGGACCAAAGCUCAGCUAGCGUUCGAAAAAAUGCAAGAAAAGAGACAAAUGGAGAGAAUAUUAAAGAAAGCUUCAAAAACCCACAAACAAAGAGUUGAGGAUUUUAAUCGGCACCUGGAUACCCUCACGGAACAUUAUGACAUUCCUAAAGUCAGCUGGACCAAAUAGAAGUCUCUCUCUUCAUUAUUUAUAUGGACUUUUUUUUAUCAAAUAUUUUCUUUUCUUCAUGUGUUUAUAUUCUUCACAAAAACAUCAAACCUUAAUUUUUAAUGUUU